AUGUCACUGGCAGCCCGCCCCUGCACGCGCAUCCCACCACCGCGGCUACAGCCCGCUUCGUAUCGCCUCGCGUCCACCUCGGCCACACCACCGACACCGCCGCGCAGCCCGGCGCCGGCGUCAAAGCAGCUCUCGCCGCUCGAGUUGCCUCACAGCUACCUCCUCGGCGAGCUGCAGAGGCGGGACUACCCUUCCUUCCUCGCGCACUACUUCUACCCGCGGCACCUCCAGACCCACUACCUGGCGAUACGCGCCUUCAACGUCGAGGUCGCCUCGCUCAAGGAUAGCGUCUCGAAUGAACUGCUCGGACAGAUGAGGAUGGGGUGGUGGCGCGAGGCCAUCAAGGGUGCCUUUGAUAAUCGACCGGCCAAGCAUCCCGUCGUGCUGGCGCUCCGAUCCGCGUUCCACGAUCCAGCCGUGCUCUCGUCGCCCUCGGGCGGACUGUUGGAAGACCACUUCCUCCGCAUCAUUUCGAUCCGCGAGGCCGACCUCUCCUCGUCGACGACGACGCCCUCGCUCUCGGAACUCGAGACCUACGCCGAAGGUACCUCGUCGCGCCUCUUCUACCUCUCCCUCAACCUCCUCGGCGUCUCUUCGCCCGUGCUCGACGAGCUCUUCUCCCACCUCGGCAAGGCGACGGGUCUCUGCCUCGCCCUGUCGUCGCUGCCCUACCACUCGCACCCGCCACCCUCGGCCAGGCACAGCGUGACAAAGGGGGCGCGCAAACUCACCCUCCCCGCCGAGACGCUACAGAAGUUUGGCGUCGUCGAGGAAGACGUGUUCCGCAACGGCCCGCAGGCCAAGGGGUUCAAGGAUGCCGUGUUUGACGUGGCGACCAGAGCCAACGACUACCUCAUCACGGCCAGGACCAUGGUCCGCGACGAGUUUGGCGGAAAGCUGCCCAAGGACGUCACACCCGCCCUCAUCAACGCUGUGCCGGCACGGUUCUACCUCGAUCGGCUACAGCAGGCCGACUUUGACCCCUACACACCUAGCCUCCAGGCGAAGCACUGGAAGCUUCCCUGGCAGAUGUGGCGCGCCAGCCGGACCCGCAACAUCUAG